GAGCCACGGCCACCGGCAGCUCCAGCUCGGCUGGUUCCGGGUUGAGAGGCUGCGCUCGGACCGGAGCAGUGGCCGCUGAGCCGGCGAGGCUCCUGUCUCUCCGGGCCUGCUCUUCUAUCCCGAGGUGCUGCCCCCGACAGCGCCGCGCUCUCCUCAGCCGCCCCCCUGCAUCUCGGGGGACCCUCUUCACCAGCCCCGGCGCCAUGGCGUGCAGCCUCAAGGACGAGCUGCUCUGCUCCAUCUGUCUGAGCAUCUACCAGGACCCGGUGAGCCUGGGCUGCGAGCACUACUUCUGCCGCCGCUGCAUCACCGAGCACUGGGUGAGGCAGGAGGCGCAGGGCGCCCGUGACUGCCCCGAGUGCCGGCGCACGUUUGCCGAGCCCGCGCUCGCGCCCAGCCUCAAGCUGGCCAACAUCGUGGAGCGCUACAGCGCCUUCCCGCUGGACGCCAUCCUCAGCGCGCGCCGCGCCGCGAGACCAUGCCAGGCACACGACAAGGUCAAGCUCUUCUGCCUCACGGACCGCGCGCUGCUCUGCUUCUUCUGCGACGAACCCGCGCUGCACGAGCAGCACCAGGUCACCGGCAUCGACGAUGCCUUCGAGGAGCUGCAGAGGGAGCUGAAGGAGCAGCUUCAGGCCCUUCAGGACAGUGAACGGGAGCACACGGAGGCCCUGCAGCUGCUCAAACGACAGCUGGCAGAGACCAAGUCUUCCACUAAAAGCCUGCGGACCACCAUUGGGGAGGCCUUCGAGCGACUGCACCGGCUGCUGCGGGAGCGGCAGAAGGCCAUGCUGGAGGAGCUGGAGGCAGACACGGCCCGCACGCUGACCGACAUCGAGCAGAAAGUCCAGCGUUACAGCCAGCAGCUGCGCAAGGUGCAGGAGGGGGCCCAGAUCCUGCAGGAGCGGCUGGCCGAAACCGACCGGCACACCUUCCUGGCCGGGGUGGCCUCGUUAUCUGAGCGGCUCAAAGGGAAAAUCCAUGAGACCAAUCUGACCUAUGAAGACUUCCCAACCUCCAAGUACACAGGCCCCCUGCAGUACACCAUCUGGAAGUCCCUGUUCCAGGACAUCCACCCAGUGCCAGCUGCCCUGACCCUGGACCCGGGCACCGCCCACCAGCGCUUGAUCCUGUCCGACGACUGCACCAUCGUGGCCUAUGGCAACCUGCACCCACAGCCCCUGCAGGACUCACCAAAGCGCUUCGACGUGGAGGUGUCGGUGCUGGGCUCCGAGGCCUUCAGUGGUGGCGUCCACUACUGGGAGGUGGUGGUGGCAGAGAAGACACAGUGGGUGAUCGGGCUGGCCCACGAGGCCGCCAGCCGCAAGGGCAGCAUCCAGAUCCAGCCUAGCCGCGGCUUCUACUGCAUCGUCAUGCACGAUGGCAACCAGUACAGCGCCUGCACCGAGCCCUGGACGCGGCUCAACGUCCGCGACAAGCUCGACAAGGUGGGUGUCUUCCUGGACUACGACCAAGGCCUGCUCAUCUUCUACAACGCCGAUGACAUGUCUUGGCUCUACACCUUCCGUGAGAAGUUCCCCGGCAAGCUAUGCUCCUACUUCAGCCCGGGGCAGAGCCAUGCCAACGGCAAGAACGUGCAGCCGCUGCGGAUCAACACCGUCCGCAUCUAGUGCGUUGAAGGGGGACCGCGGCUCCCAAGAGUGGCCACCAGCAAGAGCCCCGCCUGGGAGACAGGAGACCUGGAUUGUGGCCCAGCUUGGCCACGCUGAGAUCUCAGGCCGGUUGAUUACCCCGAGGCCUCCAUUUCCCUGUCUGUAUAGUGGAGGAUGUGCUCCAUAAUUCUGAAACUGUCUCCCAGCAUUGACGUUAUGUAGCUCUGACCUUAAUGGGGAUGCAGCUUUGGUCCAAGGAUGUGACAUGGCUUCUCCUCAGGGCAGCCCCUGCCCCACCCUCCUCUUCCUCCUCUCAGGGGCAGGGGACUGUGUCCCUGUGUCUUCCUCCUUCCCACACACCCUGACCUCAGGAUGUGUCAGAGGGUUGUCAGAAGUUGGCAGCUGGAAAGAUACACAGAACCCUCUUAUGGUCCCAGGCCUAAGACUUGCCCCUGGCCAACCUAGUGAUGGGCUGUUUUAUCCUUGACCCUAACCCAUGGUAGACACGGGCAUUAGCUAGUCUCCGGGUUUUCUGAGAACCACCCCCUCCUUCCAGCCCUGUACUAAGAGCUUUAUGGUUCCUGAUUUUCCCACUUAUCUGCGGGUAGAAAUGAUGCUAUGGCCUGUGGAAAUCACCCAGUAGUUGAGCCCACAUGUUACACUCACAGAUCUUCAGGCAGGAUGAAGGCACACCCGGGGCUGAUGUAGGACAAGCAUCACUGGAUGUUGGAGGUCCCCAGCAGCUCCGAACAAAGGUCCAGCCAGGCCUCUGUGACCAGUCUGGGGUGUAGCAGGGCUGUGGGGAGCAAUUGUUUUAGUCAAAUGCUGAGCACUGGAUGGGCUGUUGACGGGGCCCCCUCAUCAAUCUUGGCAUCUGUCUCAGUUGGGAUACUGUUGCAGAAAACAAGAGCUGCUUUAGCUCAUUUAAUUAGACAAGGAUUUAUUACCAGGUCCCUAGUGGCUUUGCAAAAUCAUUGGAAGGGCUGGAGGAGCAGACUACUGAAUUUCCAGGAACAGCUCCCAGCCGCCAAAUUCAUCAUGUCUAAGGUGACCAGGGACACUGCUCCCUGCUGCAGGAAGCCGCUGCAUCAAGAAGCCACUGGCUGCAGAACUGUGCUCCCUCUGCUGCUGUCUGUGCCAGGAAAUGGAUGUCCUGAGGCCUGCCUCCCUCCAUUCAAUUCAGUUUCCAGAUCCAGAUCUCUAUGAGGGAUUCUGUUUGGGGAAACUUAAAUCAGAUCCAGAACUUUGGCUGCAAGGGAGUCUGGAAAAUGUACUUUUCUUCUUUCCAACCUCAUCCUUACAAAAAGGCACAAUAGAAGAAAGCUAGAACAGAUGCUGAACAAGCCCAUCUACAGUUUUGGCCACUGGAAUCCACCUCUAGGCCUUGACUUUGAAGCCACAGAGCCUCCAGGUGUCUUACUGCGUGGCUUUGUCCCUGUCCAGGACAGGAGCCCAGGAAGUGGACCAACAGGACCAGGCUGAAAUGGCUCCCAGGCCUUGGCUUUCCUUUCUAGUCUUGGAGCCUAGAUUCUGAAUUUGGGGUCUCUGACCACACCUAUCUCAUAGGAGCCAGGUUAGCUGAACCUGGGGGGCUCCCACCUCACAACUGCUGCCCACUAGGGUAGGAGGAAUCCUCAGUCUCACCCCACUCAUUCAGCUACGGGAAUCUGGGCCACCCCCAGCAGUAUUUUUAUUUUAAAUGUUGCCCAUUUUGUGAGUUAUGAUGAAUUUGUAUUAAAUUAAAGUUACAGGC